CCCAGUCCCAUUACAGUGAGUGACAGGCAGAGUGUGUGGUGUGUGGCAGAAGAGUGAGCGACGGCAAGGCUAGUGGAGAGGCGAGGCGAGGCGGAAGAGGCGACCCGGCGCAAUGAGCAUUAUUGGCGAGAAUAACGGCAGCAGCAGCAUCCCCCCCAACACCGCUACAGGCACCGUCAUAGCCACGGCCAAUGGGCCGCGCGUCGUUACCAUUUACAAGACGGAAACUGGCUUCGGUUUCAAUGUACGCGGUCAGGUGUCCGAGGGCGGACAAUUGCGCUCCAUCAAUGGUGAGCUGUACGCUCCCCUGCAGCAUGUCAGCGCUGUCCUCGAGAAUGGAGCGGCCGAGAAGGCAGGCAUCAAGAAGGGCGAUCGCAUACUGGAGGUCAACGGCGUCAGCGUGGAGGGAGCCACACACAAACAGGUCGUGGACCUGAUUAAGUCCGGCGGCGACUGCCUGACCCUCACAGUGAUAUCAGUGACCCAGCAGGAGGCCGAUCGACUGGAGCCGCAGGAGGACCAGAGUGGCUACUCCUACAUUGAUUACUCGGACAAACGCUCGCUGCCGAUCAGCAUACCCGACUAUGGGAUUGUCAACCGGAACGGGGAGCGCUACAUUGUCUUCAACAUACACAUGGCCGGGCGGCAGUUGUGCUCGCGGCGGUAUCGGGAGUUUGCCAAUCUGCACUCGCUGCUGCGCAAGGAGUUCUCCGGCUUCAGCUUUCCCAAGCUGCCCGGCAAGUGGCCUUUCCAGCUGAGCGAGCAGCAGCUGGACACGCGGCGACGCGGCCUGGAGCAGUACCUGGAGAAGGUGUGCGCGGUGCGGGUGAUAGCGGAGAGCGAUGCUGUGCAGGACUUUCUCACCGACACCGAGGACGAUAUCUCGGCCUCGCCGGUGGAUAUUAAGGUGAUGCUGCCCGACCACGAGGUGACUACCGUCUCUGUGAAGAAGUCCUCAAGCGCUCAGGUCGUGUGGGAGAUCCUGGUGCAGCGCGCCAGUCUCACCGCCUACACGCAGCAGUAUUUCUAUCUAUUCGAGAUCGUCGAGUACAACUUCGAGCGGAAGCUGCAGCCGCACGAGAUCCCCCAUCAGCUGUACGUGCAGAACUACAGCACUGCCUCCUCAACGUGUCUGUGUGUGCGCCGGUGGCUCUUUACAGUCAGCAAGGAGCUAACGUUGCCAGACGGCGAGCAGGCCGGACGCUUCAUCUUCUAUCAGGCUGUGGAUGAGGUGAAUCGCGGCAACAUACGCGCCGACGGACGCCUGUACGAGCUGAAGGCCCUGCAGGAUGCCAAGAAGGCUGGCGACUAUCUGGCCCUGGCCCGCAGCCUACCCGGCUACGGGGAUGUUGUGUUCCCCCACUGCUCAUGUGAUAGUCGCAAGGAGGGGCAUGUGGUGCCCGCCGUGGGCAUGAAGAGUUUCCGCCUGCACGCCUGUCGCGAGGAUGGCUCGCUGGAGGCGCAAAUGGUCGAGCUGACCUGGGACAGCAUCACGCGCUCCGAGAGCGACGAGGAGUCCAUGACAUUUUGCUUUCAGUACAAUCGUCCAGAUAAGCCUGCCCGCUGGGUCAAAGUCUACACGCCAUAUCAUGCAUUCCUUGCGGAUUGCUUUGAUCGGAUCAUGGAGGAACGCAAAUGGGACGACAGCGGUGACUAGAAGUGGCCAUUGGGGCGGCUGGAGAAGCUGGAGCAGCGGCAGGAACCACAGAUUAAGCAACCCAAUCCCCUCCAGAGUAUCAUCAACAGUCGAGCCGAGGCAUUGCAUAUUGUUCGUUAGUUAAGCGACACCCCCAUAUUCUCUCACUCUCUCUUUCUCUCUCAUUGUAAUUUGGACUCACUUGCGAUAGAGAUUCAAGCUAUGUUUCGAUUCAGAUUCAGCCACAUUCAGAUGCCAUUUAUCACACCCAACCCCAAUUCACAUAGAUCACAAUUAAAGAUUUAGCGAUUUCUAAAAUGA